UGUUCAAAGAACCGCUGACUAUAUUUAUCCAUUCGAACUUGUUGGUUGGAGCACUUCUAUUGACGUUAGUGUUUAUUGUCAGUUCAGAGACGAUGGAUUUUCACAUUUUUUGUACUACAUUCGGUGUACUGGUUCAUUUUUUCUAUAUGUCUCUUUUAACUUGGUUGAUUGUUGAAUGCAUAUACCUGUAUAUGCUGAAGACCAAAAUUCGCUUGGAAGGCAGCAUUUCAAAAAAAGCUGGUUACUUUAUUUGUGGGUGGGGAGGCGCUGCUUCUACUGUCGCAUUGUUUUUUGGCAUUCAUUAUGGGUAUAGCGAUCAGAGUGGAUGCUGGUUAAGGUUCGAGACUGGAAGUCUAGUAGCAUUCAUAUUUCCAGCUAUGGCCCUAAUCCUGAUUCGGAUUAUAUUAAUAGUUUUUAUGUUAACGAAAGAAAUAAAAGGAAAGAAACGACAAGAAUAUAUUAAAGCUCAAAUAAGACGCUGUAUAGAAUGCAGUUGUUUUUUGAUUCCCUACUUCAUCCUUACUUGGGUUUUUGCGUUAAUGGUGGACGAGCAGUAUAUAUUCUGGUUGAUGUUUUAUAUUCUAUUUUCGUUGAAUGGCGUAUUUGUCGCCCUUUAUUGUUACUGUUCAUUUGAGAUGAGUGAAAUUCGGCGACAAGAUCGGUCAUUAUCUUCGCAAUCACUGAAUCGCUCGUCAACCUCUGUCGACAAAAUGGGUGACCCAAUAGUAUUGGCUUUAGACACUGAAAGUUGCACACAUGUUGCAGGAGAGCAGCCAGGGUCUAAAACUGAUUUAGCUAUUGAUACUAACAGUUGUGUGAAAGCUGGUACGGAGGAGGCUCAGUCAGACGAAGAAAAAGAAGACCAGAGUGAAUCUGAUGAAUCAGAGAUCCCAUCAGACACGGAGUCAGAACCAUCUAGUGACGAUGGCAGCGAGACGUCUGAAGAGUCUGAAGAAGGUUCAGAACAUUCUGCAGAGUCAGAUAAAGAAGGUUCUAAGAACGAAGAAAAAGAAGAUUCCAAUAUUAAAAAGAGCGAAAAUGAAGAAAGCGAUGAUUAUGAUAGCGAUGAUGCCUGCUUCGGUAAAUAAGCCGUUAACUUGGAACAAGAGUUAAGACUUCUGCCGAGAUCAAUGUUUUAGGUGCUCAGCCAACAAUUAUCGUAUCAAGGGGUUCAAAUCUAACAACAAUCUGGGUUUUCUUGUAACUAAUGAUAUAAAUUAUGAUACUAUCUCAUCCAUUCAAUCUUGUAAAUUAUAUUUUCUAUA